AUCGGAGCUAUGGCCCUCAAGAUCGCACUGCUCUUCGGCAGCGCCGCGGCGCUCAAGGUCUCCACGGGCCCGCCGGCGCGUGAGAUGGCGCCGACGCUCCCCAAGGCGAUGGAGAUGGCGGGCAUCGGCCUGGAGACGGGCGGCCAGAUCUGGGACCCCGCGGGUUUCGCGACGUUCAGCGACGAGUCGCUCACGUGGUUCCGGGCCUGCGAGCUCAAGCACGGCCGCGUGGCCAUGCUCGCCUCCGCGGGCUGGAUGGCCAACGGCCUGCACCUGGCCUGGCCGGGGACCAUCGACUACACGACGCCGUUCUCGGACCUCGCCGCGCUGCCUCCGUUCGAGGCCUGGGAGAAGGUGCCCCUCGGCGGCAAGCUCCAGAUCCUCGCCUGGGCCUUCUGCGUCGAGCUCUACAGCGAGAUGCAGAAGCCCCACUACCUCAAGGGCGGCGACUUCGUGACCUACGACUGGGCGAAGCAGGCCGAGGGCAAGUCGCCCGCGGAGCUCCUUCGCAAGCAGAACGCGGAGCUCAAGAACGGCCGCCUCGCCAUGAUCGGCAUCCUGGGCUUCUUCGCCUCGGCGAACAUCCCCGGCGCCGUGCCCAUGGUCCCCCACUAGGCCGGCGGCGCGGCAAAAAGGCCGGGGACGCGCGGGCGGCGUAACCUCGGUCGCGAG